AUGGGAAACCACAGCAACAAUCAUACCUGUUUGACAGAUGAUUCCUUCAAGUACAACUUGUAUGGAGCUGUGUACAGUGUGGUCUUCAUCCUUGGUUUAAUUACCAACUGUGCCUCCCUCUUUGUUUUCUGCUGUCGGAUGAAAAUGCGAAGCGAAACGGCCAUUUUCAUGACAAACCUGGCAGUUUCAGACUUGCUGUUUGUGUUCACUUUGCCUUUUAAGAUCUUUUACAAUUUCAACAGGCAUUGGCCUUUCGGAGAUAGCCUGUGCAAGAUUUCUGGUACAGCAUUUCUCACCAACAUCUACGGUAGCAUGCUGUUUCUCACUUGCAUUAGCGUUGACCGUUUCCUCGCUAUCGUCUAUCCAUUCCGAUCUCGUACCAUAAGGACCAGAAGAAAUUCAGCCAUAGUCUGUGCUGGUGUUUGGAUAUUGGUCCUCAGCGGUGGAAUUUCAGCUUCAUUGUUUUCCACAACCAACAUCUCCAACUCCAGCACAACCUGUUUUGAAGGUUUUUCCAAACGUAUCUGGAAAACCUAUUUGUCUAAGAUCACUAUAUUUAUUGAAGUGGUAGGAUUCAUAAUUCCUUUGCUACUCAACCUUACGUGCUCUUCUUUAGUUCUCAGGACUCUCCGGAAACCUGCCACCUUGUCUCAGAUCGGGACAAACAAAGAGAAAGUAUUGAAAAUGAUCAUUGUGCAUGUGGCCAUUUUUGUCGUGUGCUUUGUGCCUUACAAUUCCAUACUCUUCUUGUAUGCCCUUGUGCGGUCCCAAGCGAUAGCAAACUGCUCCUUGGAGAGGUUUGCAAGGACAAUGUACCCAAUCACGUUGUGCAUUGCAACAAUGAACUGCUGCUUUGACCCAUUCAUCUAUUACUUCACAUCAGAAUCUUUCCAGAAAUCUUUCAACAUAAAGACCCAGAUAAAAAUGGAUUCUCUUUUCAAGACUGAGACCCCUCUAACAAAGACUGCACUACCAGCACCACAGGACGAAAUAAGUGACCAAGCUAUUACAAAUGGGGGAGAUCCAACAUCUGAAUCACAUUUCUAG